AUGGAAAAGCGAGUGGUCAGUGGAUAUACAAUACCCGACAAAACCCAAAUAAUAGUUAAUGCUUGGGCAAUUGGGAGAGACCCUGAAUACUGGGAUGAUGCUGAGAACUUUAAACCAGAGCGGUUCGAUCAUAAAUCAAUUGAUUACUUUGGAUCUCAACAUGGAUAUUUCCCAUUCGGGUUAGGAAGGAGAAUGUGCCCCGGGAUAACAUUUGGUCUAGCCAAUAUGGAGCUUCCAUUAGCCCAUUUGCUUUACCAUUUUGACUGGAAGUUACCUGAUGGAAUGGAGCCGGCUGAUCUAGACAUGGAAGAACCCGAGGGAUUAACCGUUCAAAGGAAAAAUAAUUUAUUCUUGAUUGCAACACCAUUUGGUCCUUCCAGUGACCGAUGA